UGGUUGCCUACUGACAGGUGGCAGCCUGAGGCCCCUCCCCGCGGGCACGUGAAGGCGUGGCUAGCGGGGGUGGGAGGGGACGGGGUGUUGGGGAGGCCCUGGCGCCAGGGUGUCAGUGACUGUGGUGGCACCCUCUCGUCGUGGCACUCGGCCGACGCUCCCACAAGCUGCCACUCCCUUCCGUCUCCCUCCCGCCCCGCGGUAAUCAAGUCCAGGUGUGGAGCAGCGUCCCGCCGCCCCGCCGCCGCCCAACAGUUUUUACAGCGUGUCUCCAGCCGUGCGACGCAUGACUGACCGUCACAGCAAAGUAAGGCUGGAGGGUGACUUGGGAGCAGGCCUUGAGUGGCAGCAAGGCCGCGACUCGGGCGACGGCGACGGUCCGCGACCAGCCCGCCAGCCGCAGCCGCUCCUCUCAGCGUAAUUGAUAGUGGCACCGCUGGGGGCAGUGCCAAACCUGAGACAUCGUGCCACUCAACCUGCUGCCGCUUCUGUAAUUCUUGAAAAUGAGGGUUGACUUUGGAAAAUCAGAUAAAAGGGAAUAAGAGUCGGGUGUACCCUUGCUGAGGGGAGGCGUCGAGGCACCUGACACCACGCUCGUCCUACAGCGGUGUGGCUGACAUUAUUCACGCUCAUAUUCACUUCGUCGCGAGAAUAAUCCGCGAGCGACAGCGGCCACCGGUGUUCUUGGCGUUGCGGGUAGUGAAGUGUGCUUCAGUGAGGGCACUUGUCCAUGGCGGGGUGUGUGGGGUCAUCCGGGGUGGUGGAUGAGUGAUCCGAGGUGCGAGAGUGAGCAGUGUGUUGUGUGUUGUGCUGGGGCGGGAGUGUUGCGCCCACCAUGAUGAGCUACAACACGGGCGGCAUCAGCGGGGGGGACGUGAGUUACCUGGACAAGGUGGCGCCCAACUCACCUGGGGACCACAAGCGUUUUACCGUAAGUCACCUGCUGGACCUGCCUGACCUGGUGCGGGUGCCGCAGGUCCCCUCCUCCUUCCCUCACGAACUCUCGGCCCUUCACGCCCAUUCCGUCCCCGACCUGUCGGCGCUGCACCAGCUGCCCGCGCCACACUUUUAUCACAGUGCUCGGUCUCCGUCACUGCAACAAGAACAGCAGCAACAACUGCAGCAGCAGCAACAGCAACUGCAGCACCACCAGGCUCAGCAGCACACCCCCAUUCCGCCUCAGCACCAUCAGCAGCAGCACCUUCAACAGCAGCGGCAGCAGCAGCAGCAACAGCAGCAGCAGCAGCAGGCGGUGGAGUGCAACAGUCAGUCUCAACAGCAACAAAUCCACCACAAUCAAAAGCAGCUUCAAGUCCACCAGCAGCACAUGCAGCAGCGCCUUCCUCUCGUGCAGCAGGCUGCCUCCGGCCAGGUGCAGCAGCAGCAGCACAUACAGGCGCCGCAUCAACCAGGCGGCGAACGAACGGUGGGGAGCUGCGCGGCGCCCAAGACGGAAAGAUCGCCGUCCUCCGCGCCGGACACCGACAGGAGUGACGACGAGGAUGCUGAGGGUCGCAAGAAGAAACCUCGCCGGAACCGGACCACCUUCACCUCCGUCCAGCUAACGGCGCUCGAGAAGGUGUUUGAGCGGACCCACUACCCGGACGCCUUCGUCAGGGAGGAGCUGGCCAAGCGGACGAGCCUGAGCGAGGCGCGCGUGCAGGUGUGGUUCCAGAACCGGCGAGCCAAGUUUCGGCGCAACGAGCGGAGCGUCCUGGCUCAGCGCAGCGCCGCGCCCUUCCGCCCGGCUGACGCGGUGCCCUCCAUCUCAACUUCCCCAGGCGGCCCCGUGGAGCAGCCCCUCGCCCCGCGGCCAUCAGCAGGAACGAGCGGCGUGGCCAUGUGUGACUACAGCGGCUACGGCAGCGUGGGCGUGGCGGCGUGGAAGGGCUCCAGCACGGCCGUUGGGAGCGCCACGCCGCCCUACCUCACCCACUUCACCCCCACCAGCUCCCCGACGCCCGUGUGUUCCUCCCUCCCUCCAGGUCUGGGCGGGGGUUACGGAGGCGGCGUGGGCGGGGCAGGGCAGAUGGCGGGGCCCUACGUCGGCUCCUCGCUGGCCAACCUGAGACUGCGCGCCCACGAGUACUCCCUCCACCACCAGGGCCAAGUGUGAUGGUUCCGUUCCUACGCCGCCACCAGCGCUACGUGUGACGCCCUCCCCGCACCACCACGAAGAAUGAACAUAUCGCGCUCCCAUAACGACUAUUUUCCAAGGCCACAGAAAAGAUUAGCCGGGAUUUCAUGGGUAUUUUCCCCUUUCAUAGUGCAGAAGUCGUGUGAAACUAUAUCCUGGAUUUCAAAAACAGUCCAUGAAAAUCCCAGCAACUUUUGAUGGGAGACUUCUCAAACAGGCGAAGUGAGGUGUCGAUACUUUGGGAAUUCUACGGCCCGAUUUUUCCCCUGACCUCACCGUGACCUUAUCUCCCCUCACCACCGCCACUCCCAUCACCACCAAAGGAUGACGACUCCCCUUCUUCGCCACGUCCCUAUCAUCACCACCACCACUAGCACCACCACCGAGGAUAUGAGUGACGACUUGCUACAGUGGGUGAAGUGAAUGACGGACAAAGAGGUGUAAAGACAAGCGAGAUGUGUUGUGUUGGCUGGUGGCUGUUGAGUGACGUGAUCUACACACAGACAGUUGUUUAAAGGGACAACGAGUAGGUCUGUCUGUUCUGUCUGUCUAUCGGCCAUUCUGCUUUUGUGUCUGUCUUUGCUUAUCUCUUCCCCCUUCUCUCUCUCUCUCUCUCUCUCUCAACGCAUUGCUAGCCUGUCUAAUAAAUCCAGCGAGGGAACGUCAGCCACACUCCCGCGCAUGUCAUCCCUAACCCCGUCGCUGUGAACCCAGUGUGGCGAUGCGCGGAGGGCGUCACCGGCUGGUCGUGACACCCACUGGCCGGGCACUCGCUGUCUGUGCCUCCAAAUGCUUCCUAUUGCUUGUAAUUAUAUAGUGUUGAGGAA